GCAUGAUGAUGGAUGGCUCGUGGAUGGUUGUGUGCAGGCGUUUGUUUCGAUGAAAAGCCGAGAAAAACGCAGUCACAAGUUUCGGUGUGAGGGUUGACACCACAACUCCCAUCCACCACAACUUAUCCUCUACCUCACCUGCACCAAGAUGGCAAUCCACGUUAAAGGACAGUUGCCUAACGCGCACUUCCACAAGCACUGGCAGCGCUAUGUGAAGACCUGGUUCAACCAACCCGGUCGUAAGCUCCGUCGCCGUCGUGCUCGCCAAGAAAAGGCUGCUCGUGUUGCUCCCCGCCCUGUGGAGGCUCUCCGUCCUGCUGUGAAGCCCCCCACGGUCCGUUACAACAUGAAGAUCCGUGCUGGCCGUGGUUUCACUUUGGAGGAGCUCAAGGCUGCUGGUAUCCCCCGCCGUUACGCUCCUACCGUCGGUAUUCCCGUCGACCACCGUCGUCGCAACCGCUCUGAGGAGUCUCUCCAACGUAACGUUGAGCGUCUCAAGGCCUACAUGGCUCACUUGAUCGUCUUCCCCCGCAAGGCCGGCAAGCCCAAGGCUGGUGAUGCCAAGGACGUUUCUGGUGCCGAACAAGUUGCUGUUGACGCUGUUGUUCCCAUCGCCGCUGAGCCCGUCGAGGAGGCCAAGGCCAUCUCUGAGGAGGCCAAGUCCUUUGGUGCUUUUGCUACCUUGAGCAACGAGCGUGCCUACGCUCGCUACGCCGGUGCCCGUGCUGCUUUCGCCAAGAAGCGCGCUGAGGAGGCCGAGGCCAAGAAGAAGUAGAACUCUUAAUGGAUCCAUCAGCAGAGCA